ACCUUCGGCGCAGAAUCGCCGUCUUCCUGCUCUCUCUCUUUCUCUCUCUCUCUCUCUCUCUCACCCUUUUCCGAAUCCCGUCCCUGAAAGCCCCGAGACUCCGGCCGACCGUCCCUCGCCAUGGACGCCUUCCCACCCGGCAGCUUUGGUCCAGCCGAUCCUCCUCCUCCUCCACCACCACAACCGCACCCUCAACAACACCAGCACCAGCACCAACACCAAUACCACGCGCAAGCCCCUCUCUGGUAUCAUCCACCUCCAAACCCUCCCUCUUCCUCAUCGCCGUCGCCUCACCACCUCCCUCCUUAUCCCCACCACCCCCAACCCUACCCCUACCCCUCUCCUCCCCUUCCCCUUCCCCAUCAAUGGCCUCCUCCCGAUCGCCACCACCUCCCCUCUCCUCCUCCUCCUCCGCCGCAGCCCCACUUCCCAUCGCCCUAUCUCUCCGCCGCCCCCUACCACGCCCCGCACCCUCCGCUCCCGCCUUAUCCCCACCAAUACCCCUCCCUCUCCCCUCACCCGCCGCCUCCGGCCGCCGCGCCUCAUCUCCUCCACGUCCCCCCGCCGCCGCCGCAGCCGCCUCAUCAUCAUCUUCCUCCUCCGCCGCCGCCGCCUUCGUCUUAUCCUCUGCCCAAUCAGGGAUGGGCAAACCAAUCUUGGGCUCAAAACCAAAACCAAGGAUGGGAAUACCCAGAUAGGAGCCUUCCCUUCAAUAAUGAGGAAGAUUGGGCUGCUAAGGCCAAAGCAUGGGCAGCUGCUAAUGCGACUGAGAGCCAUCAUGCACAGCCGCACAACAUGCCGAUUGGUAGAGUGGAAGAGAAUAAUUAUACUUACCACGAGCAGUAUCAGUUAUCUGCUAGCCAUCCAAAAGAAAUUCCACAUCCAUCACUUCCUCAAUCAACUAAUCAAAACCACACGGAUCAACAGAAAGAAGUUAAUCAUUUGCAUGGUACAUCAUUCAUUAGCUCUGGAUCAUCUUAUGGUACUGAUGGACGAGUGCCUCAGAAUGCUGGAGAUGAAGUUACUGUUGCUGAUAAAGAUCGAGUUGCUUCGCCUCAGAGGUAUUUUGGUUCAUUUCGCUCCGUCUAUGAGCAGGAGGUGUCUUAUAGUAAUUCUUCUACCCCAGGUAAGGAAGAUGUUUUGAUCCAAGGCAGGAACUCGCAGCUAACACCGUCUUUGAAUGCAUCGUCGUCACUUCAAGAUGGAUUUGUUGCUCCUCCAUCUGCUAUACCUGUCAGGAAUCCAUCCCUCGAACAGUUUCAUUUCAAUCACGGGGUGCAAACUGCCAAGUCGAUAGCUGAUCCAAGUAACCGUCCGUUGGAUUCUAAUUAUAGUCAUAGCGAAUCAGUAGGGCCUGUCGGAACAGUGGCUCAUGAUGCAACAAUUACAACAGCUCCUCAUGCUUGGACUCCAACUGGGACUGCAGGGUUCUUUCCUCAAGCUCCUCUACCUCCAUCCGGAACACAGAUGGAUCUUUCUGUUGUAUCACAACCUUCCUUACCUAUCCACCCUGCGCCGCCCUUUGGGAGGAUUCCUGCACCAAGCUAUAGGCCUGGCGUUCCUCCUGUACCUUUUGGUGUAGGUGCUGGGACAUCCCUUCAUCCUGCUUCGGCUUUUCCUGGGGAUAUUAAUGGUUCUUUUAAUCUUCCCGAGCGUCCGAAAAAAUCUGCGGUACCUAAUUGGCUUCGAGAAGAAAUAUUGAAAAAUAAAUCUGUUCUUGCUGGUGCGGCACCAAAUCACCAGGAUGGAAAUUCUUUCCAUUCUGUUGGAUCUGAAGAUGCUGAAAAAUUAUUCAAAAAGGCUGAUCAAGUUGACAGCAAGAGCAUUGAUUCAAAUAAGUCCACUGAAGAUGAAGAAGAUGAUGAGGAUGAAGUGGAAGCAGCACGAACAGCGGCGAUCAACCAGGAAAUAAAACGUGUGUUAACUGAAGUUUUGAUGAAGGUUACUGAUGAUCUUUUUGAUGAAAUCGCUACCAAAGUUCUAAAUGAAGAUGAUCUGACUGUCGAAGUUCAUGAGCCUACUGAGCCUGCUGAUCUUGUGGAUUCCAAGGUGCCACAUUCAGCAAUUUCAACACCCAAGGCAUCAGCAAAGAUUCUGAUCCCAGUUAAAACAGCAGAUAACAAAGAUAGUGGUCGUAAUGGAGAUUCUGCCCAAAGCUCUCCUAGAGGAGAUGUUCUUGGUCUUGCUAAUUAUGAUUCAGAUGAGGAUGAUGGCAAUGACAUUAGAAGUCAACCCUCAAAUUUGAUCACUCUGGAGAGAACAGCUAAUUCUUCUCAUCAGCAGGCAAACAAUGGCCAAUCUUCCCAAAAUGUACUUGAGGGCAUGGAUAAACAAGAUGUGGUGAUAAAGAAUGAGGAGCCUAAUGGAGGAUCGCACAAUGCUGAGAUUGGGAAAGACAGAAGUGACCAACCUUCCCGAAGCAGCAGUGUCAGGGAAAAUGACAAAAAUUCUCUGAUGCAAGAUGUCUCAACUUCUUGUGAUGAUUUGUCAACUCAUGAGAAAUCACUGAAGAGGAAGUAUAGCAAUGAAGCUCUGGAUGCAGUUGGUAGGAAGGAUACUAUUGCAUGCGAAUUAACUGGUGGGGAUGCUAAGAAUGGGAAAUCAACUUCAGGAGAGGUUCAUGCUGGAGAAUCUAAAAGCAUUUCAAGACGUACAGAGCAAGUGAGCAACAAAGAAGAUUCUGUUAAAGAGGGGAAGGAUAGCGUCGUGAAAACAGGAUAUGAAGUUCCUAGAGGAACCAAUCCAAGCAAUUGCAAUGAUAGCACUAAAGUAAAGGAGAGAAUAUAUAAGAAGGAAAGUUCGAAAGAGAAGCCAAAGGAUAGGAGCACUAGGGUAGAUGUGAGGGAGUCUGAUGGUAGAAGCAAUUCAAAACACCAAGAUACCAAAGUUGACAGAAAGGAUGCCACCAAAGAUAAAAGAGAAAAAAGUAAAGACGGCACUGAUAGAAAAAGAGAACAAGCAAGGGAGGAGAAAGAAGAUAGAUCGAGACGAGUUACAAAGGAUUCUGCGAGGAAUAGCAGUAAAAGAUCUCCAUCACCUCGAGGUAGGAGUAGCAAAGAUAACUCAUUGCGCGGUCAUGGGAGUGUUUCAAGUGAUGAGCCUUCUGAGAAUUCGAAAAGGAGGAAGUUGCAAUCAUGCAGAAGUAGUUUGUCGCGAUCACCUACAAGGUCCAGGAACAGGUAAUAUUCAAGAUGAGUGAAGAGAUAUCAGGUUCAUCUUUAUGUUUUUCUAGUUUACUUACCCUAUCAGUAUUAUGUCUUUAUCUCUAGACAUGUUUCGCGGUCUCCAAAUAGCAAGCAUUCUCACCGCAGGCAUUCUCCUUAUACUUCUACAGAGAGGUAAGAGGCCGAAACACAUGUACUCUUUAAUACUUCACAAAAAGUUGUUGUUCCAGGUGAUUCAGGGAAUGGGACUUCCUAGGCAUUGUUUUACUUUUAGACGGUAUUUGCCAAAUUAGUAUCAUCCGCCGACUAGUUUGACCUUUAAUUACAGGCGGCGUAGAUCAAGAACGCCGGUCAAAAGGAGAUGAGGCGCAAAAGGUGGCGGCGAAGUUUUGGUGAGUUGAAUGCUUCAAGUCUUGACUCAUUUAAGACCUCUGGUGCGCGAGAUUGGUUGUAGUUGUGCAUGUUUGCGAGCCUGCUUGGAUGGAUGCGUUGUCUAAGAAUAUAGCUCCUUUUGGAAACGUAGUGAUAGAUAAAGGAAGCUCUAGUCACGGUAUGUUUUGGUUGAGCAGCGUAAUUGCAAUUUGUGUGUACGUACCUAUAGUUAUGUAUUAAUCAUCCGUACUCUGAGGGGGCUUCUGUAUACUUUUCUGUAAGUUAACUGUUGACAUGUAAUGGAAAAAACAAUAAAAAUAAGGGCGGUGCCUUACGAAGCUGAUGCUGCAGAAGUGCUGGAAGAAAUGCUGUUCAAAUUGUGGACGACUUCUUCAUUUGCUUUCUGUUGUGCAGCUGUAUCUUUAUUUCUUUUUUCAGCAAAAGGUAAAAUCACGCUGGAGAAGCAUCAGAUGGAGGUGUAUCAGUUGUGGAGUUUGCUCUGGUGUUGAAAUGGCUCAGCAAGGAUUGUUACA